AUGUCAAAGCUAGAGACAUUAAAUCUGCAGUUUAAUUCUCUACAAGGAGCAAUACCAAUGGAGAUUGGGAAAUUAAAAAAGUUGAAGCAAAUUGUCCUUGACUUUAAUCAGCUUUCUAGUUUUCUGCCACUGGGGCUGUUCAAUAUUUCCUCACUGGAAGCUGUUGCUCUUCGAAGUAAUAGCUUAUCUGGCAGUCUUCCAUCCAGCAUAUGUCCCCGUCUUCGAGGACUCACAUUGCUUGACCUUUCCCUCAACAAAUUAAGUGGUGUGAUACCACCAUCGUUAUCGGAGUGUUCGAAGCUUCAGGUACUGAGGUUGGGCGGCAACAAUUUGAGUGGAGUGAUACCGGAAGGAUUUGGGAACUUGACGGCGCUCAAGCGACUACAUCUUGGCUGGAACAAUUUGAUUGGAGUGAUACCGGUAGGAUUUGGGAACUUGACGGCGCUAGUGGAACUAUGUCUUGGGGACAACAAUUUGAUUGGAGUGAUACCGGAAGGAUUUGGGAACUUGACGGCGCUGGUGGAACUAUGUCUUGGGGGCAGCAAUUUGAUUGGUAGUAUUCCGCACGAGCUUGGCCGCCUAAAGCAUCUUGAAAAACUUGCUUUGGGCUCCAAUAGCCUAACUGGAUCCAUACCAGCCCAAAUAUUCAACAUUUCGACACUGCGAGAACUGGACUUAUCGAACAAUACACUUUCUGGAAGGCUUCCGUCAUCCACGGGUUAUGGAUUGAUCAACCUUGAAGUGCUUGCUCUCUUUUCAAAUGAGUUUGAUGGAGUAAUACCAGCCUCAAUCUCAAAUGCGUCUAAGCUUACUCAUUUAGACUUGGGUGGAAAUAGAUUCAGCGGUCCAGUUCCAAACUCUCUUGGAAACCUAAGACUUCUAAGAGAUUUGGAUCUCGUUGAUAAUCAUUUGACAACUGAACCUUCAUCGAGAGAAUUGAGCUUUAUCAGUUACUUAACAAAUUGCAAGUAUCUCAAAAUAUUAGGUUUUGCUGAAAAUCCGUUGCACGGUUUUUUUCCGAUGUCAGUUGGGAAUCUCUCAACUUCUAUGGAGAGAUUCUACGCAUAUGGUUGCGGAAUCAAGGGAAGCAUUCCCGAUGGAAUUGGGAAUUUUAGCAGCCUAAUCAUUUUGAAUCUAUAUGGAAAUCACCUGAGGGGGCCCGUUCCGGUGACAAUGAAAUACUUGCAAAAUCUUCAAGCAUUGUUUUUGGAUGAUAAUCAACUAGCAGAAAUAUACCGUGCUUGCGCACGGUGA